CUGUCUUGCACUGUAUUUUGUUUAUGUCAUUUGUUUAAGAGUGCAUAAUUGCUUUCUUUGUGUCAUUGUUUUUUUCAGAAUUUACAGACAUAAACUAAACAUGUUGAGCUGUGUUAUUCCUGAGCUUGAUGAAGGAAAUAUCUGUCCUACUUGUCCCAAAACUGAUGGUGUGAUCUUUGAGUCUCUUGAUGCUCUAUUUAUUGGACGAAGGAAAAAGCUGGGCAGAGUCUUGGAAAACCUCUAUUUGGACAGCUGAUGUUCUAUGAUCAGACACAUGUUGAUCAAUUUGUUGCCAAUUAUACCACACCUACAUCAAACAAGGAGUGUCAUGGUUUUCUUGCUGGGAAUGCUGUUCGAUCAAUGAAUCACUACAGAGCUCUUGAUGAAACAGCAAUCUUUGGCCGAGGCUGUCGACAUGAGUUUCCUAAAAAAUUCUUAAAUUUGAAACAUGGAGAGAGAUUGAGCUAUGCAGUUUAUGUUCUCCAAGAAUUAGAGAAAGAUAAUGUUGAUAAUCCUGCACUCAAAAUAAACAUAUUGUAUGAUGUUGCAUGCAUGUUGGUGAAACACUUACAGAAUUUGGAGGAUCCGAUUGUUGACAUUUUUCAAUUUUCAAUUCCAAUUUUUCACUGCUAUGGGCAUGUUGGACGAUGCCAAGUUAAAUUUAGUCCCCGUCGUAAAGAAGGAUUUGGCCUAACUGACGGUGAGAUGUUGGAGAGAUUGUGAGCUUACAUUCGCAAAUUUAGCAGAAUGACUAAAGAAAUGCGUCCAAGUCACAGAGUUGAUGUACUCAGUGAUGCUCUUUUACAUUAUGGAAAGAAAA